ACUCGUUGGACGACAGUCGAAGUAAGCAUGCCUUGAGCUCCGUUUGUGGUGAUAUUUAUGCUAUUUAAAAUAAUUUAUUGAUAAAUUUUUUCAAUCAAUGAAGUGAUUACUAUUCGCGAGAUUAACGUAAUUAAUUUUCACAGUGGCUCAUCAUCCAAUAACUUUUCAACAUAGGAAAGAAGAAAUAUUUCUACAAAAUUAAGUAGCGUCCUUUCUCAAUCUUUCGAAAAGCAAUAAGAUAAAGGAUGAAUCAAGAAGAUCAGGAAAAGAGCAUGGAUAAAAAAGAAAUUGCAGAAGAAGAAAGAGAGAAAAUGUUGAAUGCUGAAAACACGAAACAUACUGUGGCAUCGACCGUUCCAGAAAUGGAAUCCGAAGAUCAGAAACCUAAAAAGAAAAUUCCAAUUGGUGGUAUUAAAAUGCCUGGCUUCUAUCGUACAAAGAGCAAGGAACUUUGUAAAGAGGAUGAUAGUAAUUCAGUUGAAACUGGCGAAGGCGAUGCAACUGAUAAAACUGUAAAAGAAAGUGAUCAAAAUGUAUCAUUGGAAAAAACAAAUAUGCCAAAUAAAGAUGUCAAAGAAAAAGAAGGACGAAGAGGAAUUCUUGACGCGAUAAAGUUACCUUUGGUUUCCGUUUUUCCUAGAAAAAAAAAUAAAGAAAGUGAAGUGGAAUUAGGAACUACUGGAACUGCUGGAUUAGCAAGUAUUGAAACACUUGAUGAUACUGUAACAGAAAAGAAUCCUAUUGGAAAUGAAGACGGUAUGGAAACCGUUCGACUCGAUGGAGAUGCUCCAGACGGAAUUGAAUCUCCUAAACAACAUUUUCUUGUUGCUUGUAUAUCCGCUGCAAGGCGAAAUUUAUUUGUGUUAGUGGCCACAUUAUGCAUCCUGGUAUCAGUCGUGAUUAUCAUCUGUAUCGCUUGCAUUGGACCAAGAAAAAGUGCUUCACAAUUAGUAAAAGAUGGGAGCUUCGUUGAAGCAAUAACUUCUUGUGGAUUUGUACAAGGUAUAUCGGAAGACGGAGCAUUCGCAUUUCGUGGAAUUCCGUAUGCAGUUCCACCAUUAGAAAAUCGUCGUUGGCAACCCGCAGAAUCUCUAAGAAAAAUAGAAUAUUGUUGGAAAAAUACAUAUCAAGCACAUAAUUCUUCAAAAGUUUGUUUGCAACGAGAAAUUUCAGGACGUAUUAUCGGAACUGAGAAUUGUUUGUAUUUGGAUGUCUUUACACCUGAAAUUAGAUACGAUUUACCAUUACCGGUAGUCGUUAUGAUUGGUGCUGAAACUCUUAGCGGUGGUUCUCCAGGUGUAAUGCAACCUUCUGCAAAACUUGCUCGUGUUCGUGAUAUGGUGUUUGUUAGACCUAACUUCCGAUUGGGCAUUUUCGGGUUUUUAGCGACAGAACCACUUUCAAGGACAUCGCAUCCUCUCACAUCCGGAAAUUAUGGUUUAUCUGAUAUUAUAGCAGCUCUUCAAUGGGUUCAUCUUAAUAUCGAAAAUUUUGGCGGAAAUAAAUCAUCUGUAACUUUAUGGGGUCAUCGAGCUGGAGCAACUCUUGUAACAACUUUAGUUGGUAUUCGACGAACAAGAGAUCUUUUUCAGAGAGUAUGGAUCUCUAGCGGUAGUGCAAUAUUUCCUGGAAGAGAAUUGGAAUUUUCAGAAACACUUAAUGAGUUAUUUUUAAAUUCUACAAGAUGUAAUGAUGCCGCCUGUUUACGAAGCAAAAGUGCCGAAGAGAUUAUGGAUUCAGUUCCUGAGACUUGGCAUUUAGGAAACAUUGGCUUACCUGAAGCAAGAGAAGCAACAAUUAGAGAUAGAAGACACGAAUGGCUUGUACUUGAUCGUGCUAUUCUUCAAGAACCUGUAGGUCAAAUUUGGGCAAGAGAUGAAUUUUCAGUGAAAAUAGUAAUGGGCACCACUGCCCAUGCUGGAGCUCCUCUUAAAUAUCUUAUUUCUAAUAUUACUCUCAAUUCCACGCAAGUAGAGAAAAUUGUAAAGGAAUCUUUACUGGGCACAACUGGUUUAGCAGAUGAAGCUCUCAGACGUUAUAAUGCAACAUUAAAAGGUUUAUUAAGCAUGAUUUCGGACAUUCGUGUUGUAUGUCCAUUGUUAACAGUCGCCAGAAUGAAAACCAAUAUUCCAUUCUAUGUGGCAACGCAACCGCGAGGUCAGUUUGCAGAUCCUGAUAGUGAUGCUGCAGCAAUACUUGGAUCGUAUGCUGCUCGUACUCCUGCUGAAAAAAGACAUGUAUCUGCUAUGCAACAACUUUUUAAUCAUUAUGUUUGGCACGGCGAAGUAGCUCAGACAAAUUCUAAUGGUGUAAAACGAGUUUUGAUUGUUGGUCAAGAUACGCUUCCUGAGCGUGACUAUCCUAAUUGCGAUUUUUGGAUAGAAAAAAUAUAGUUCCAUCUUAUGGUCGA